AUGCAAGAGCGCAAUUGCAAUUUUUCUGUGACCUAUAAUCGUUCAUGUCUUCCUUCUUCCAGUCAACUAAGUGAUUCUUUCUACCAGUGGACAUGGAUGGAGCUUCUGGAAUUUGAAGCCUUGUUCCAGCACCCUACUCGUGCUUCUCAUGACACCUUUUUUCUAAACGGUUCAAAUCUUCAAUGUUUAGUCACUAAUAUUGCUGUUAAAUUAUUUGCAUGUAACUCCUUCUACUACAAGGACACUGCCGGAAGAUUAUGGAUUAAGAGGCAACCUUUUGUGCCCGAGAGGCACUUCUCGAUUGACCGUGUCUUCAGAAAUAAGCCUACUGAUCGGACUCACCUAGCAGAGUUCCAUCAAAUUGAAGGUAUAAUACUAGGAUGUCGAAACUGCACUUUAAGCCAGCUUAGAACCCUUACACAGAGCCACGCAUGGAGACUUUCAGGAAGUAGGUGGAGAUUGGAAACUCUAGAAUGUUCAGACCCGAAAUGCUUCUACUUGUGGGUCUUCCUAAUGAUGUCCGAGUCAUUGCUUUGGGUCUUUCUCUCUAAAGACCAACAAAGAUACAAUACGGUAUCGACAACAUCCGAGAAUGGUUUGGACACAAGAACGCCCUUCAAAAGAUCCCCUGAUUAUGAAAAACGUUUUGAUAACAGGGCAUUUCUAAGAUCGAAGCUCGAAGUUUCAGCCACAUCAGACGAUGUUGUUGUUUUGACAGACAAUAGCUUCGAGAAGGAGGUCAAGGAGCUCUUGUCGAGUUUUACACUCCUUGGUGUGGCUAUUGCAAGAAACUUUCUUGCUCCAGGGUGGAUUAUGAUGAGCAUAAGCUUGUUUGCUGUAAAUAUGGUGUUAGUCGAUAUCCAACCAUUCAAUAUGGUUUCGUCUGAUGGUGCACGCAAUGUCGAAGCAUUGGCUGGAUAUGUGAACAAGGAGGUAGUUUUGUUGCUGAUAGUACCGAUACAAGAGAACCAAUUCGGCUUCACUCAUAGUGGACGGAUCCCAUUUUUUAUUGUAACUAAAACGGUUCUCGAACUCAUUCUAAACCCACUACCAAAUUGUAUCUUCAAAUGA